AUGACAGCCUCGCCCUCCAGCAGUGACUACAGCAGCGCAGAGGACUCAGCUUCCGAAUGCAAAUCUAACCAGAGCCUCUCAGUGGGACACUUCCCCUCUGAGAACAUGUUCUCCUACGAGGACGGGGACAUGGUCUCCUGUGAGGAGACGGCCUCUGCGGAUUCUGUGGUCCACUUCCUCCCUCCUGCCCAAGGCACCUGGGGGACAGAGAGUUUAAGGAGACUACUCAGGAAGCGACACCAGAUGGAGCACGAUCCAGAGCAGUUCUGCAAGCUCAGCAUCAUGCCGGCCUGGGAUAAUGAUGUGGGCUCCAACCAAGCGGACUCUCUGGCUAACCUGGACCUAAAUGGCUAUAGCCAGUGGGUGGACAAGUGGCCGAAAGACAGGACAAAACUGACUCUCUGCAAACUGGAUAACCUAGUACAGAAACUUGAGACGUUGAGAAAACUCCGAGAAGCUGGGCAACCUGACGACUGUGUGCUCCCUGAGUCUACUUACGAGGAAGACAUCUACCUGAACAGCAGCCCCCCUCCACAGACAGCUCAAGUCAGUCACGAAGAACGUGACGCUUGUCAAGACUUGCCCAAGUACAAAGCGCAGGAAAAUCGAGAUAUGUGUCAGGUCCUACAGGAUCCUCCAAGGCUACAGAAAGAUGAAAUUGAGCAGGAGACAAGGCAGACAACAGAGAGCUCCUUGGAGAUCUCCUCCAUGUCAUCUGCUCAGGCAGAGGAGCCUUCCCGCUCACACGGCACAUCCUGUCUGAACUUUCGGUGGGUAUUCCACUGGCUGAGGACACAAGUCUUCUCCCGAUGGAGGCGAGAGCACCCUAGGCAGGCUACCAUCAGCUGGCACCAGAAAGCAGUGAGGAAGAUACAGUCUCUUAGAGGCAAUAGAAUCCGACCCCAAGAAUGAUUGAGUUUACCUGACACCCCCAGAUUUUCAAACUUUUGAAGCCCCUUGCUCCACAUCUCUAAGAGGUGUGUGUUGUUCCCUCCCCCACCUCGCAAAAUGAGGAAAUCAAGACUUGA